GUGAUACCUCAGUUGAUUGCUCGCAUUGACACCAGGCAGCUCGUCGGACGUCUCAUCCAAGAAUUGCUUAUUGACAUUGGAAAACAUCAUCCUCAGGCUUUGAUCUACCCUCUGACUGUUGCAUCCAAGUCUCAGAGCUCGGCUAGACACAAUGCCGCCAACAAGGUGCUUAAUAACAUGUGUGAACACAGUAAUACACUGGUACAACAGGCUAUGAUGGUGAGUGAAGAGUUGAUACGAGUAGCUAUCCUGUGGCAUGAGCUAUGGCACGAGGGUCUCGAAGAAGCGUCAAGACUCUACUUUGGCGAGAGGAACGUCAAAGGGAUGUUUGCAGUCCUGGAACCGCUCCAUGCCAUGAUGGAACGUGGACCACAGACCAUGAAGGAAACAUCAUUCAAUCAGGCAUACGGUCGAGACCUGAUGGAAGCACAGGAGUGGUGUAGGAAGUAUACAAGAUCUAGGAAUGUGAAGGAUUUGACACAGGCAUGGGAUCUCUAUUAUCAUGUCUUCAGAAGGAUUUCUAAACAAUUGCCACAGCUCACCCAGCUGGAGCUCCAGCUUGUGUCUCCUAAGCUUCUGAUGUGUCGAGACCUGGAGCUAGCUGUUCCAGGAACCUACGACCCCAACCGACCUGUCGCUAAGAUCCAGAGGGUCCAGUCAACGCUGCAAGUCAUCACAUCCAAACAGCGCCCUCGAAAGUUAAGCAUUUUCGGAAGUGAUGGUGCUGAGUUCAUGUACCUGUUGAAAGGUCAUGAAGACCUCAGGCAAGAUGAGAGGGUGAUGCAGCUCUUUGGACUCGUCAACACCCUACUUGCUAACAACCCUGAUACUUUCAGAAGACAUCUCAAUAUUCAGAGGUAUGCAGCCAUACCCCUCUCCACAAAUUCUGGUCUUAUUGGAUGGGUACGCCAUUGUGACACACUUCAUACCCUCAUCAGGGAUUACAGAGACAAGAAGAAGAUUCUAUUAAACAUUGAACAUCGCAUCAUGUUGAGGAUGGCGCCAGACUAUGAGCACUUGACGUUGAUGCAGAAGGUUGAGGUAUUUGAGCAUGCUUUGGAUUACACCCAGGGUGAUGAUCUAGCCAAGCUGCUAUGGCUCAAGAGUCCUAGCUCAGAGGUUUGGUUUGAGAGAAGGACCAACUACACAAGAUCUCUUGCAGUUAUGUCCAUGGUAGGAUAUAUCCUUGGUCUAGGAGAUAGGCAUCCUUCUAACUUGAUGUUGGAUAGGUUAACAGGCAAGAUUAUCCACAUUGAUUUUGGAGAUUGCUUUGAGGUUGCAAUGACAAGAGAGAAGUUUCCUGAAAAGAUUCCUUUCAGAUUAACCAGGAUGCUCAUCAAUGCUAUGGAGGUGACUGGGAUUGAUGGCAACUACCGCAUCACAUGUGAGAGCGUAAUGCAGGUUCUUAGGGAGCACAAGGAUAGCAUCAUGGCUGUACUAGAAGCAUUCGUAUAUGAUCCUCUUCUAAACUGGAGAUUGAUGGAUACUCCCAAAGGAAAGAGAUCGAAGGCCAGAUCAGGAGCAUAUUCUACCAGCCAAACAGACCUACUUGAUGACAUGGACCUUGAGAUCCCCAAACAGAAGAAGGCUGCUGGACAAGCUGAGUCUGUGCAAUCCCAGGAUGGGGAGCCAGGAGUCCAACCCGAGGCAUUAAACAAGAAAGCCAUUUCCAUCAUUAACAGAGUGAAAGAUAAACUCACAGGAUGUGACUUUUCAACCAACGAUCCUGUAGAUGUGCCCACACAGGUAGAGCUCCUAAUCCAACAGGCCACAUCUCAUGAGAAUCUAUGCCAAUGCUAUAUUGGAUGGUGUCCAUUCUGGUGAUAUGCAUUUGAA